CGGAAACGUGAGGAGCGCAGCGCGGGCUCCUCUCUUCAGACUGUCUCUGUCUGCAGGAGCGACGCAGGACGAGCGGGGAUGAGUUCGUGCAGCAGGAGCUGAGAGCCGGCCCAGGAAGGAGACCAGUGAAGAUGUGGUGCACAGCUUGUGGCCAUCAGAUACUGGAAAAAACACCCAAAUUCUGCGGUGAAUGUGGCCAGAGGAUUUCUGUCCAACCUGCAGUCACAAAGGAAGCAGGGCACCAGCUGAAACCUUUGAUUACAGACUCAGAAAGUAACACUGAGAAAUCAGGAUCUCAGCAAGAUGACCAACACGUGGACAACAAAGAGUCCAACCGGCCAAAUGAUGAGAGCGUCAGUGACAUAAAGGAGCCUGACAGCACCGGCUCCAGUGUAGACCCGGUGGCAGCAGAGGAUACAGGACCACAGCAGUCUGGAAGUGAAGAGGAGCAAACGCAGACCUCAGAUGAUGACAGUGAACAGGAAGAUUCCAGCCCCAAAACACCACCACCCCCAACAAAGCCACCCAGACCCAGUCACACUGCACCUAGUGAGAGACUCAACAUUUACUUUCAUGCAGUUCUCUCCAAGGAUUUCAAAUUUGUUCCAGGAGUGGAUCGCGUCUUUGUCAACAUGGUUUCCUCCAGUGGACAAUGGGAGGAAGAAGCAGUUGAACUGUCUGUGAAAAGGAACCUUCAAGAACAUGGGUUUCUUAUUGAAGGCUGUUUGAAAACAACCAAAAGUCAAGUGUCUAAGUCGAUCCCAUACAAAUAUUUUGUCUACAGAACCAAAAAUUGUUUGUAUACGUAUGAGUACAUAUACAAGCCAGAUUCCACACAACCCACCAACAGAUGUUUGUUUGUGAAAGAACACCUCAUCAAUGACAGUGGGGACUGGCAUCAAUAUGACGACAUCAUCUGUGCACCGCCGUCAAAAAACGUUGUUAAACGUGCUUGGGAUAACUUGUGGUCAGAACAAAGAAAAAGCUUGAUUCAAGGCAAAGAGAUUGCAGGGAGGAUAAUGCUGGGCACCAUUUUUGAUAUUCUUCGUGACUGGACUGAGACUAACUUGAGAAGUUUCAUCAGCCAGCUGUAUCAGUUUUUUCAGGUUUAUAAAGACCCAUAUGUGUAUGAAGAGAGACCAAAGAAAUGGAGCAGUUUGAACUAUGGUGAAGAAAAUGUAACGGAUUUGUUGAAAGACUUCAUGCUGACAGUAGUGAUUCCUCAGCUCAGUGACAGAAACAGGAAAAGUUACUUCAUUCAGGACGACUUCAAAGCAGCAUUGAUCAUGCUGCAUGUACGGGGACAGUAUCGCAUCAAGCUCUACAGAAGUGAGCUUCAACAGCUCUGUGCCAUGCUCUGCUUACCGAAGCUGGAGAAGGAUCGCUUCCUUCAGUUCUGGGAAGAUUUUUCCAAAGAGGUUUCUCUUAUCAGGAGUUUGCCAGAGACCUUGGUGAAUGUGAUAAACAUUGUGAAAAAAGAAAACAUGCCUGAAUGGAUCAUGGCACUCCCACUUCUCCACCUGCUGAAAGGCACCACAAAGCCCUUUGAAAGACCACCGCCUGGAAACCCCCAGAUCUUCUUAUCCUGGGCAGGUCUGCAAGGCAUUGACAUUGGUCCCUCGCGUAACAUGAGCAGUCAAGACAGAAGGACACUGCUAAAGGUGAUGACAAACAACAGUCACCUGGUGGAGGUGGAUCCUCUUUCAGUCCGUUCCUGCUUGUACUUCAUGUCUCUUGAUGAACUGAGGGAUUGUAGCUCAAACUUCAAAGCUGAGCUUUUGGACAUACUUGAAGUUUUCACUAAGGAUGCUCCUGCAGAAAUUACUGCUAAUUCUCAUGAGGCAGUAUCUGGCCUUCUUUCACACAUCAAGGAAAAUCUUGAUCAAGAACGAUACAGUCAUUUUACAGAGGCUUACAGGAGAGACUGCCUUUCAGCAGCAGUGAGGCUGUUAGACAAGAUUUGCAAAGGGGUGAAACCAACAACAUCCACCCAAAACUACCCUGAUAUCCCAGUUCAAUGCAUGCAUCUGGUUGCAUCUGUAACGGACUUUGUUCAGUGUAACAAGCAACCGGAAAGCCGAGAACAAGACGGAGUACAGCAACAUGUGAGAGAACUGGUGAUUUCUCAGGCAAUGAGCAUAAUGAGAGACUGGAUGAGUCGGUCAUUUAAACAGUUACUUGCCAAGGGACUCGCAUCCCUGUUCCAGGCAAAGGCAACAGAGCAGUUUGAAACGUGGAACAACGUGAUCUCAAUCAGUUUCAAAGAUCAAGGUUUCACAGCAGAGUGGAAGCAGACAUUCAAAAUGGAUUUUGAGGGUAAAUACAAGCAGGAAUCAUAUCAGGAUCAAAUUGAUUUCUAUUGUAACAAUAUAGAAGUGCUGAAAGAUUCCCGUCCACAUGUUGCUACAACUGUUGAGAAAUGUGCUCUCGAAGCUGUUACACAUUUGUGCCAGACAAAGUCUGAGGGCAGAAUUCUUGAGGAAUUUAAGAUAGAUCUUAAUUUUGGAAAGCUUGCCUCAGCAUUUAUCCAAAAGUCCUGGUCACUGAACAGCCAAGGAAAAUACCAGGAGGAUGAAGAAGUGGUUCUUCAUCAUCUACUCUCCUGGACAGCUGCCAAAGACAUUUUCCAACUACAUGGUGCGGAUCAUAAACUAGCUGAGCAACUCUCUCAAGAUGCCAGAGACAUAAUUACCAUCGCCAUCUCAUCAUUCAUAGAAAUAACAGAUCAACUGGUCCAAGGGAACCUCAAAAUCAGCCUACUCAAAAUCAUUCUGGAGAGAAAAGACGUCUUCUUAGCACUGAUAAAGACUGACUUUCUUUCUGACAAUGAAAGCUACAAAGAUAAUGAGAAGAUGAAGUGGCUUUUGAAGUGCAGACAUGACGAAUUGGAAUCUAUUUACCAUGAAAAGGAGCUUGUGGAUGUUCUCCUAACUAUGAGCCAUAAACUUGAGGAACAUAUGACAGUUGAUGUAGCUGACAUCAAGCUAAAACAGCAAGUCAACAUUGAGUGUGCAUCAUUGAAUGACUUCAUGGAGGUUCAUCGAUAUGAUCAACGGCAGCCUGAAAUGGCUGGUGUUGUUACCUACUUUAGUCUCGAUGAAGAAAUCAGAGAGAUGGCAGAGGUCCUGCACAAAUUCAGAGACAGCUAUGUGUUCAAAAAGUGUUGGGACCAACAAGCCAAACUCCUGGCUGAGGAUAAAGUGGAAGAUGAUCCUGAUGAACCUCAAGUAGCAGACAUUAUGGCAACACUAGAAACGAUCCAUGAAGAAAUUUUCACGAGUUGCUUUGACCAUUUCAAAGAUAUCUACGCUCGUUUGCGGGAUGGAACCAUAAGACUUGAAGAAGUCAACCAACUUUUCAGAGAUUUCAAAGGCAAAUACAAAAAACUUGCACAGGACUUGGACAUUAUGUGCAAAGUUGACAACUCCAAUGACAAGCGGUGGAUUCUCAGCAGGAUGCAGCAGAUUGAGCAGUACCAUGAGCUUCAACUUGCUGUGGAUUCAGCUGAGAUUAUCAUGAUGGUCAAAGAUACGCUUUGUCUUCAAGGAGACUUCAGAGUUCUGGAGACACUAACAGAAGUUAAUCAUGCAGACUUUCAGAAAGAGCAGCUCCAAAGGAUUGACAAGGACUUGAUGCAGGCAAAGAUGGUCCUUGUAGACAUCACUGAGCCACGUAGACUAUGUCUGCAAGAGCUGGGAUAUCAAGGACAUUUUGUAAAAUGGGUGAAAAAUGCACUUGAAGAUAUUAAUGAGUUGAAGGUGUUUGUUGACCUGACUUUGAUCUCUGCUGGAGAGAAUGACGUGGAUGUGGAUCGUGUCACUUGCUUCCAUGAUGCAGUCCUUGGUUAUUCCUCAAUGCUUUAUGAGCUAAAACCAGACUCUGGGUUUGAUGCCUUCAUAGAAGUGAUCAAGAAGCUCUGGAGAGCUUUGGAGAACGACAACAACCUCCCAAAGAAACUGCGGGACAGUGCUCGUCAUCUGGAAUGGUUGAAGACUGUAAAGGACAGCCAUGGGUCAGUGGAGCGGUCGUCUCUCUCAUUAGCAUCAACCAUCAACCAUAAGGAUGGGAACAGUGUUGUGGACACCACAGCACUGCUGCGGAACUGUGUGCCGAGUGCAGUCAACAUGUUGGUGGACGAUGUGGAAAGUGGAAGUCGCAAUGCCCAAAGGGUCGAAAUUCUUCUGACUCUUCUGAGUGACAAUGAUGAAAUAAAAGGUAAAUUUCUGGAAACUGUCGAGAACCGUCUUCACUUGUUGACUCAAGAUGGCAACACUUUCUCAUCUGUCAAGAGCAACUGGGUCCUUAAAGAGGCCUCAAACAUUGAUGCCUUGCAAGAAGGAGGCACAUUCAGGCACACUUUAUCAAAGCAUCUUCAAGCUGCUGUUUCUCCUCUCUUGGCACAUCUUGUUUCCAUCAUUGACAGAGACCGAAACAUGGAUCUUCUGCUUGAUGGAAACAGUGGUGAAACUGUCAAAAAGCUGUGGUUGAAUAUAUUUGCCGAUGAUAAACUGCUGGAAAUGUCACACCGAACAAUCAAUCAAAACUCUGAGGCGAGAACAAUUCUUGUACAAAACUCCAUCACUCAAGACAGGAACAUGAGCUGCAGCAUGCCCUUCAGUUGGAGGAUCAAGGAUUUCUUGGAGGAACUCUGGGUUCACGCACUUCAAAAUGAAGGGCACACACAGCAGCAGUUUGAUGAGUUCUUUUGGAAAACGCCACUGGGUCGAUACAUAGCAGAAGCAGAUCCAGACAUGCAGAUGGAGUUUUUCCACCGCUACCUUAAGGACUUCAUCUGUAUGACAAUGACCGUCUCUUGUCAGGACGAUCUACAGCUUCUCUGUAAUGCCCUGAAUUGCUGCGUCAAUGAGAUGAAAGUGCAUCAAGAGGAAGCAGUGGUAUCUCUUCCAUGGGUCCAUGCUGCUUAUCACAAGUUCAAGAUCCGCCUGCAGAAUCUCUCCAGAAUGAUCUGCAUCGAGCCCCAAGUGACCCACGACCUGAGGAAUCUUGACAGAAAUAAGACUGAACUUGUACAUGAUGUGUACGCUGCCUUAUCAUGUGUGGAGCAUUUGGAGACCAAAAUUUUUUACAUUGAUGCUCAGAGACUGGCCUGGCUGAGGGACGUGAGGAGGCUCCAAGUGCCUAUUGAUUUGGUUUGCGCUGAAGACAGCGUGAGACAUUACGGAGCGAGGAGCAAGAUGCUUGCAAGCCGAAUUCAGGCAGGGUGGAAUCGGAUUUAUUCUCUCUCUCUCUUUGUGGAGCACAUGCUCUUUGGGAUGGAGGAGUUGGACAGGAAGCUGGCACCUUUAGUUUUGGAGAGCACACAAAGGCUUGGAAAGAUACUGGAAGAAAAUUCAGAUCUGAAAACUCAGCAGUCUUUUGAGGCGGUGAUUGAUUUGCUCAAAAACUACAAUGAUGAAGCUGUUCAGCGCAUCGGCAGGUUCGGUCUCACACAGUGCCCAGUCUGUAUGGGAGACCCCAAAGAUCCACUCUGCCUGCCAUGUGAACACAUCUUCUGUGUGGACUGCAUCAAGCAGUGGCUGGGACCUGAUCAGAUGUACUGUCCCCUCUGCAUGCAGCAGGUCAAUGAUGAUUUUCCUUUGGUUCCGACUAAAGUCAUAAGGAAAUCAGUAAACCUGCAUGCUCAGUUCAGGAAGCAGUGCAAUGCUUUCUUCAUCGACCUGGUGUCCACGGUGUGUUUCAAAGACAACUCUCCACCUUGUUCUGAAGUAAUUUUCCAUCUGCUGUCCUUUCUGAUGACGGAGGCCAGUCCUGUUCCCAUUCUUAGAGCAAAUUGGCAUGUUUUGACAAAGAUGCUCUCGACAUUUGAUGACUCUGUGGAUAAAAAUCCAGUCAUCCGGUCAGUGGUGCUCAAACUCCUUCUGAAGUACAGCUUCGAUGAAGUUAAAGACUACUUGCAGCAGCAUCUGAUGACAGUUGAGCAGAGCAACAUCUUAGAAGAUACUGACAAACUGGAGCUGUACUGCUUGUACAUCAACUGUCUGGAGGAUUCCAUGUUUGACAGACUACAGUUCAGAUCCGCUGCAGACCAGCAGGAAUACCUUCAGGAAGAAAGUCAUUUUCUGACUGAGUUCUUGCAGUCACAGUCUUCUGAAGCAGCAACUGUGGAGUUCUUUCAGCAGGUGACCAGAGUCCGUAUGGAUCUAGAUCUCUCUGCAAGUCUCUUUGUGGAAGAAAUGAGAGCUCCAGGGUCCAAGAUCGAAAGUGGAACCACAGCCUUCAUGACCAGUGUGGUGAACUUGUGCAGACGGAGUGGAAACGACUGGUAUCGGGUCUAUUUGAUCCGCAAGAUUUGCAGCCAACAUGGAGUGGAGUUUGUCCUAAAACUCCUCAAAGCGGAGGAGAUGCGCUGGCUUUGCCCUGAAGAAAUUCUGCAAAAGAAUGAAGAGGCUGUCCCUGUUGACCAGUAUCUUGUUUGUGGAGAAGAUUACAAAACAAUCAGAGAUGCUGUUGCAAAGGGAUUUUUGGAAGGCAAAACAGAUGAACUGGAUGAGGCUUGUGAGGGUUGCGGAUGCCCGCCGCAGUGGAAAACCAUUUACCUCUUGUUGGCACUCUACAGAGAAGUCACCACUCUCUACAGGGACACUAAUAUCAGCUUCUAUCCUAAACCUGAGCAAGUGGACGCCAUGCAGACUUACAUCCAGACAUCAAAAAUCCUUGCCAGCAAUGAAGCAAAGACCUUUGCUCAGUGUCUGGUGACCAACCAACUUGGGCCGCUGGUUCUUCCUCCUGGAGCCUCCAGUGCUGACUGUGUGUCGGUGGACUUAACUGUCCACUUGGCUGCUGUCCUGGUCUGUGCAAACCAGGGGAUCUUAGGUCCUCUGCUGCAGCUUGCAAAAACACCGGCCAACAUGCAGCAAGCUUUUUUGCCCACAAUGCCUGAAGACAUGUUGGCAGUGGCUCACCAGGCUUUAGGACCACUGCAGUGGUACCAGUGCCACAAUGGUCACCCAUGUACCAUUGGCGAGAGUGGAUCACCUAUGGAAAUAAGCACUUGCUUAGAUUGUGGCGUUCUGAUUGGAGGACGCAACCAAGCUGCUUUGAGAGGAUUUCUUCGUGUGAAUGUGCAAGGUGACCGCACUCAGACAGGCCACAUCCUUGGUGACCCCAGACGCAGACAGAAUCCAGACAUGCUGGACACCAAGAGCAUUUCAUCCGUUCCUUUCACCAUUAUCCGCAUGAUCACUCACAUGGCAAUGCUGCUUGGGGCCUACAGUCACCUACAGUCUAUCUCUGCUAUCAUCAAGCCUCCAGUCGGCGACACUGGAGCGUUCCUGCUUGCACACCUGAGAGAAGACAUGAAACAUCUCAUCAGGUCUCUGGGUAAAGGAACUGAUGAUACGAUCAGUGUUUUUCACCUGCUCAUCAACAGCCUACUGGAACCCCAACAGCAACAAAAAUGGCCUGUUCCUUACAAUGAUGUCCUGUCCACCAAAGAGGCUAGAAAUGGGUGGGAGGUGGAAAUAAGCAGCAUCAUCACCUCACAUCUAAAGCACUUGGACCGACAGUUAAAGGAAGUGAACGCAUUUGUUCAGGCAGACUCCUGUAUCGCUGCCACUUCAAUCAUGAAGUUAAUAUUUGGUGAUCCUCGUCUGUUCUUGGCUUCACUCCCCCCAAACUCUGUGAUCCACGGGUCUGCUGUGUGGACCUGCAGAGAGAAAGUGUCUCUGCUGAGCCUCACCCACAUUGUUGAGCAGAAUGAUGGCAAAGACACGCUGCCUGUACUCUGGAGGUUCCUGCACAAGGAGGCUGAGGUUCGACUGGUUAAACACCUUCCUGAUAUCCUCGCACUCCAGAAGAAUCUUUGUAAGAAGUUUCAAAACUUCGAAGUGACAUUUUUCUCCAUUGAAGAAUUUCUUCGCAGUCACGAAGCAGUUUCGCUUAAAGCCUGGUACAAGAAACACAUCCGAAUCUUCCUGACAACCUGGAACCAGCUCAGAGUUUCUCUGGAAACCAACGGUGAGAUUAAGAUCCCAGCUGAGUUCUGCCAGAAGGACCUGGACGUCAAAAGUGACUUCAGAGUGCUGCUACCGCAAAGACGAGGCCCAGGCCUCUGCUCCACAGCUCUCGUCAGCUACCUGAUUGCAUUGCACAACGACCUUAUCUACUGUGUUGACAAGAACACUGGAGAAGAAACCAGCUACAAAGUGAGCCCUGCAGAUCUGACUGACCUGCAUGUGAUUCAUUAUGAGAUGGAAAGAGACGUGAUGCCACUGAUUCUGGCCAACACCCAGUACAGCAUCGAGAGGGGUCAGGAGUACAACUUGCCCAAAAUCCAGCAGCAGAUCAUUUCCCGCUUCCUGCAGGGCAAACCUUUCAUCACUCUGAACGGAAUUCCAACGCUGGUCAACAGACAUGAUCGCAACUAUGAGAUCAUCCUUAAAGAUGUAAAAACCAAAAUCAGACAAGAACCUCUUCAGGCUCUCACCCUGGUUGCUGUGGCUGGAGAUCUGCGCUCCUACAGUGAUGUGUGUGAGGCCUUGCGCACGCUGGAAGUGGCCCUCGGUUUCCUCGCAAUGACUGGGGGAGAGCCGCACAUGCAGCUGUCUUGCUACCUGGAGGAGGUUCUGCAGAUGGGAAACCAGAUGGCUCAGCACGUCCUCAAGGCAUUGAGUGUGUGUUGUCUGAAGCACUGUGUGGCACUGUGGCAGCUGCUGGCCUCGCUCAAAUCAGAAAAUAUGCUCCAGCUCAAAAAGGAUCCAUUUCCAGAUUCGGAAGAGUACAAAAAGCCUCUCGGUGAAGAAGAACGCAGGCUGUUGGCAGGAUUUUUCUCAAAGAACAGAGCGGACGUUUUCCUUCUGGAGAUGCAUGAAUUCCUGGUGCUCGUGCUGAAAAAUCCAAAGGCACCUGAAACCGUCAGGCCUGACUGGAGUGUGGACGAAGCAUGUGGCUCCAAAAAAAAGAAGCUCACCUGGAAGUGUCAAAAACCUGCAAUAUCCCAGUUCAACAAGCUUGAAAGACACCUUGGUGGCUUACAUGGAGCGCAAAGACAUGGAUGUUCCUCCAGAAGUGGAAGAGCAUUUCCCAGAGGAGAUCACCCUGGCGCAUUACGUGGAAGCCUGGAAGUUCAUUGUGGACUUCAAGAACGAGCGUGGACAUCGACAAUGAAGAUCCCAUUAGUUAUUUUGCUUCUUGUGGAUUAAAAUCAAUCACUUCAUGUGAAGUUUAUGGCCUGAAGUAACAGUCCUGACAAUCCGUAUUUCUAUAUGUUCAUGAAGAAGAGACGUGCCUUUUCACUGAAUAGCAAUCAAUCCUUUCAAGACAAAAAGCAAUGUGAACUUUUCUGUGGUGUUUCAGAUCUUGCUUUGUGUUAUUUUGUAUUUCUUAAUCAUCAUGCGCAAAGUUUCUUCAUAGUACAGAAACAAAAAAAAACACAGUUCACUCAGGUAAAAAAUAGUGUGUGUAUCUUGAUCGAACUGCAUCUAAAUUUAACUUUACUUGCCUUAAUACAACAGGUAGUUUUUGUCAAUCAGGUGUUUCACUGUUGCCAUGCCAUGUGCAACUGUUGUUGCCUUUUACAUUCAUCACUUAGCUGUCUUUCAUUCCAUCUUUUUCAUUUGAUGUUAUUUUGAUGAGUGCUUCAGUUCUUCUAUGGAUCAUGUUUUCAAUUCUAAACUGUCUACAGUAAAGUGUAAAUCCAUUCACCGCUUUAUUUUUGUGAUCUACACUAAAUUUUCAAGAGCCUGAAGACUGGAAGGAUCACCAGUUAAUUACUUCUUAUUUACUCUCUACAUCACUGCCAACAUGCAGCAAAGGGUGUAUAUGAAGCAGUGUUCAGGAAAUGUCUACCUGAGAUUAAUGACUUUGUCUCUGAUCAGACUGGUAUGCAAAUAAGGAGAAGACAAGAAAACUUCCAAAGUACAGUUCUAAAUAAUGUAUGAGAAAUGUGAAAUUCUUACCAAGUGAAGUCCUGGAAUGUGCUGCACACACUUUUUUGGUCUGUGCUUAAAACACUGCUUUGGUUUUCUGUCAGUGCCAACACAAUACAUGAAAUAAUGCAAUUAAUUUGGACACAAAUGCAAGAGAUGAAUGAAAUAAUUGAAUAUGUGAAGUGUUUGAAAUAACCUUUCAAUAAAUGUCCACUUUUGCAGGUUUCUGUAUUUAUGUCAAUUAAAUGCUGAAAUAGUCCAAACCACACUGAACUACAGAUAUUUAUUUACAUAGAAAAUCUCCCCAUAAUUAUUGGUUACCUGUUAAGAUUUUAUAUUCCAUUGUAACCAAAUGAAGCAGUUUAGAACCCCAAUCCCCCACCUUGAGUGUGGAGGAUGUGGGUUUGAGUCCCAGGUUUCAGUAUAAUAACUUAUGCUGGUGACCUAUUAAAAAAAAAAAAAAAAAAAAAAAAAAAAAAACAGCCGAAUAAACACUGACUGCAGAUUUGUGUUUGAAUGCGACAAA